AUGCCGCAGCCAAAAGAUGGAUUAAACGCGGAGGAAGCGCUUAAAGACCAGUGGUUUAUUAUAGAAGAAGACAAGAAGAGAUUAGCGAGGGAAAUCGAGAAGGUGGCGAGGGAAAUCGAGAAGGUGGCGAAGGAAAUCGUAGAAAAGAAAGAAGAGCAGAAAUGGGAGGGAAAGGGGGGGAAAUGUGGAUCAGGCGGUGAAAAUGUUCCUGCUGGAUUAACAAACCCUCCUCAGCCUGAUAGACCCAAUGACGAGGAGGCGAGUGACUGUGAAGUCAUAUGGGAUGAGAACUGGAAAUCACAUCCACUGGUAUAUUCGGGUUCUGACUCAAGAAGCAUGCGGGAAUCUCCGACCGUAGGAAUGAGCCAAGAUAGUGGUUUUAAAAAAUUCGCAUUCGACGUAUAUGUCCGUGAAGACGAUUGGCAGCAGAGCAACCGCAAUCUACAAACAACAAUCGAAGAUGUCUCAGAUGAAGAAGAAGAGCCCCUUAGGAACCAACCCCCUAAUUACCUUCCUGAUAGACAAAAUAACGCUUGGGAUGAACCGCCGCCAAUUAUCAUCCACUCUCAUUCACCCUCACCAUCCCCUCCUCACAACAAGGAUCCUCCGGGGGUCCGUGAUUACAAUAUUCAUAGGGGGCCCUUUCAACCCUUUCAGCCAAGGGACCAACAUGGUAAUAACUUCCUUGGUGUGGAUCAUGAUGAUAUUCCUCGGCCAAAGAGCCAGCCUGUAAACCCAACGGAACCGCGACAUCAAAGCUAUAAACCUCAAUUUUCAGACCCCGGGUAUGAUGAAAAUGAAACCCAUUCUGGAGAACUAGACCCAAACACUCGACCCGGUUAUUGGGAGAGUCUUUCAAGAGAGAGAAGACUUCUUUUGGCAGUAAAAAUGAGGAUAGCAUCGUGCAUAGAUCCAGAGUAUAAGAAAACGCGAAGAACAUUACAUGAAGCUGUCACGGAAGGCGAUCAUGGUAUGGUUUCGAUUCUACUUGAUGAGGGAGCAGAUCUUGAAGCGAUGAGCGAUGGUGGAUUCACACCGCUGCACAUGGCGGUUAUUGCGGGGCAAGAGUGGAUAGUAGUGCUGCUGCUGGAUGCUGGCGCAAAUAUCAAUGCAGAAACUUCUAACGAGGAGAAACCACUGCAUUUGGCAAUCAAUAAAAACGAUAAGGUGAUGACGGGAGUUCUGCUAGAUAGUGGCGCGGAUAUUCAUGGAGGGUACUCAGAUGGAUCAACAACAUUACAUGGAGCAGUUUGGGCAGGGAAGGCCUGGGCAGUUGAAAUGUUGCUGGAUUUCGGCGCCGAUGUUAACGCACAAACCAUGCUUGGAUACACAGCACUAAGUUUUGCAAUGAAGAAUCAGAACUUUACCAUGGCGAAAAUUCUGCUGGACCGCGGGGCAAAUAUCAAUCUUGUUCGUAGGGACGGAUAUACACUACUAUUCGAUGUUAUCCGUGCUGGUUCCAAUGCGGCAAUAAGGUUUCUUUUAGCAGAAGGCGCAGAUUUUACAAUAGCAGCGGAUAAUGGUGACACAGCACUGCAUGUAGCAGCUAAAGAGGGCUUGGAUAACGCCGUGCUUUUACUGUUAGAGUUUGGGGAUAACGUUAGGAAGGCAUCUCCCAGUGGAGUUACACCUCUCCAUUUGGCUGCCUGGAUAGGAGAUUGGAGAAUGAUCAAAUUGCUUCUUCAGUAUGGAGCAGACCCUACAGUAAAGGAUUGUAAUGGUUGGACACCUCAUUACCUACAAGCAGCUAGAAAGGGCGAAGAUAUAACGGUUAAGGAUGUACGGGAAGAUUUAGAAGAUGUAAGGCUAGGAGUAUACAGAAAGAAGCCAUAA